CAAUAAUCAUUUAGUUUGUAAACGGAAACAAACCAUGUGCUAACAUGGCGAUUUUUCAUCAUUCUUCGCAUGUCGUUUGAUAAUUAUUGCGUGGCUGUUAUGGGAAUUUGGUUUAAUCGUGCAAUAUUUUAUCUUUUUGACACAUUUUCUUUGUUUUGUUCAAUAUAAUUAUAUCGAGUAAAAAAUGAGUGUGGACGCUUAUGGCCCGAGCUCACAAACACUCACGUUUUUGGACACUGAGGAAGCGGAUCUUAUUGGGGCUGAUACUCAGGGCUCCGAAUUCGAAUUUACUGACUUCACCCUUCCUUCGCAAAGCCAAACACAGGCUUCCCAACAUGACCAUGGGUUGACAUCUUCAAAUCAGGUGAAUGGUUUGGGUCGUUCCGAUUUAUCAUCCAAAAUUUCUAAUGUGACUAAUGCCAUCGCGGAAUUGCAAUUUGAGGAAGAAGAUGAGGCCUUGUACAGCAAGGAGUUGCCUGACCACGCGUGCAAGUACUGUGGCAUACAUGAUCCGGCCACUGUUGUCAUGUGUAAUAUUUGCAACAAGUGGUUCUGCAAUGGACGAGGCAACACGUCAGGCUCGCACAUUAUCAACCAUUUAGUGCGUGCCAAGCACAAGGAAGCCGCCUUGCACAGAGAUGGUCCACUCGGAGAGACAUUGCUUGAAUGCUACUCUUGCGGUGCCAGGAAUGUGUUCGUUCUUGGCUUCAUACCAGCUAAGGCGGACUCUGUUGUUGUGUUGCUAUGCAGACAACCCUGUGCGGCUCAAAGCUCCUUGAAGGAUAUGAACUGGGAUCAGGAGCAAUGGAAACCAUUGAUAUCUGACCGAGCCUUUCUAUCCUGGCUGGUGAAAGUACCUUCUGAGGCUGAGCAGAUGAGAGCUCGUCAGGUGACUCCGCAGCAAAUUGGCCGCCUGGAAGAAUUGUGGCGUGACAAUGUAGAUGCUACCUUCCAAGAUUUGGAGAAACCUGGCGUCGAUGAGGAACCUCAUCAAGUGUUGUUGAGAUACGAAGAUGGUUACCAAUACCAAAACAUCUUCGGCCCUCUAGUGAAGCUUGAAGCUGAUUAUGACAAGAGGCUGAAAGAGUCUCAAACUCAGGAGGGCAUUGAAGUUCGCUGGGACGUGGGGCUAAACAAGAAGACCAUUGCAUACUUUACGCUCGCUAAAACUGAUAGCGAUAUGAAACUGAUGCAUGGUGAUGAGCUGAGAUUGAGAUACGUAGGCGAGCUGCAUAAAGCGUGGUCGGGCGUCGGUCACGUGAUCAAGGUGCCGGAUAACUACGGCGAUGACGUCGGGUUAGAACUCAAGAGCGGCGCCGGCGCACCUCUAGACUGCACCUCCAACUUCGUAGUAGAUUUUAUAUGGAAGAGCACUUCCUUUGACAGGAUGCAACUAGCUCUGCGCAAGUUUGCCGUAGAUGAUUCAUCAGUGUCAGGCUACAUUUACCGCCGUCUGCUAGGCCAUGAAGUUGAAGAGGUCCUAUUCCGUGUUCAUCUGCCGAAGCACUUCAGCGCUCCUAACUUGCCUGACCUCAACCGAUCUCAGGUAUACGCCGUAAAGCACGCUCUGCAGCGUCCUCUUUCGCUCAUCCAAGGCCCGCCGGGGACAGGUAAAACUGUGACCUCAGCUACGAUUGUGUACCAACUCGUUAGGCAGAAUAGUGGCCCGGUACUCGUCUGUGCUCCAUCAAACACUGCUGUCGACCAACUCACGGAAAAGAUUCAUAGAACCGGCCUGAAAGUCGUCAGACUUUGCGCCAAAUCUCGUGAAGCCAUGGAAUCUUCUGUUUCGUUCUUGGCUCUGCACGAGCAAGCUAGAGCUUUAGGAUCUGCAGACAGCGAGCUGAGGAAACUGACCAGAUUGAAGGAAGAAGCUGGAGAAUUAUCCGCCGCUGAUGAGAGGAGGUACCGUGCGUUACGUCGCGCCGCUGAGCGACGUCUGCUCGACGCGGCUGACGUCGUGUGCACCACGUGCGUCGGCGCCGGGGACCCGCGCGUCGCCCGCAUGCGCUUCCAGUCCAUCCUCAUCGACGAAGGCAUGCAGUCUACUGAACCUGAGUGCAUGGUGCCGGUUGUGCUGGGCGCCAGACAGCUGAUCCUCGUCGGAGAUCACUGCCAGCUUGGCCCGGUAGUCAUGUGCAAGAAAGCGGCUAAGGCCGGACUCAGCCAGAGUCUUUUCGAGCGUUUGGUUGUCCUUGGCAUCCGUCCAUUCCGCCUUGAAGUCCAAUAUCGUAUGCACCCUGAACUAUCUCGUUUCCCUUCUGAUUUCUUCUAUGAGGGGUCUCUGCAAAACGGAGUGAGUGCAGAGGAACGUCGUUUGCAUAAAAUUGACUUCCCCUGGCCAAGACCUGACCGCCCUAUGUUCUUCUAUGUAACGCAAGGACAAGAGGAGAUUGCUGGAUCAGGUACAUCUUAUUUGAAUAGAACUGAAGCCGCUAAUGUGGAAAAGCUAACAACAAGAUUUUUGAAAGCGGGCGUGCGUCCCGAGCAGAUCGGAAUCAUAACACCUUACGAGGGACAACGAUCGUAUCUCGUACAGCACAUGCAGUACCAAGGUAGCUUACAUGCUAAACUUUACCAAGAGAUAGAAGUAGCCAGUGUAGAUGCCUUCCAGGGCAGAGAAAAGGAUAUAAUCAUCAUGUCCUGUGUACGAUCCAAUGAACAUCAAGGAAUCGGAUUUUUGAGCGACCCACGUCGUCUCAACGUAGCCCUCACCCGCGCCAAGUAUGGGCUUAUCGUGGUCGGCAACCCUAAGGUAUUAAGUAAACAGCCAUUGUGGAACCACUUGCUAGCUUUCUACAAAGAACGUAGAGUUCUCACCGAGGGACCACUUUCCAACCUAAAAGAGUCUGCGAUUCAAUUCGCGAAACCAAAGAAGUUGGUGAAUGCUCAAAACCCGGGUUCACACUUCAUGUCGACGUCGAUGUUCGACGCGCGCGAGGCGAUGGUGCCGGGCUCGGUGUACGACCGCGCGCGGCCGCUGCGCGACCCGCUGGCCUACGUGGGCCCCGAGCGCGCCGCGCUGCUGCACGCGCCCGUGCCGCCCGCCGCCUUCGCCGCGCACCGCGGCCUGCCGCGCCCGCCGCUCGGGCCCGCCCGCGCCGCCCGCCGCCGCCCGCCGCGCCUGUCGCAGGAGCCGCUGUCGCAGCAGCCGCCGCUGUCGCUGUCGCAGGGCGCGUCGCAGCCGGACUUCAGCCAGGAGUCGGCGGCGCCCGAUUGCCCGUCGCAGCCCGACGGGCUGCUGUCGCAGGACUCCACGUACCAGGGCGGGUUCCGAGCGCGCUGCAGCCAGUACUGAGAGCGCCGGGCGGACCGCCGCGGGGCCGCGCCGCAACAGCCGACCUGUCCCGAGGGACGGGUCCACGGUACUGACGACAGACGCCGAUGCGCACCGCACGCCCGCUGCGACGACCUUCAGCCGGGUGUUCAGACGGAGGAUUCCCCGCGGUGCGUUACUACCGCGGGUUGAAUCGGUUGCGCCGGCGGCGGGAUCCGACCGCGACUUUGUUAGUCUUCGCCCAUCGACCGUAUUGAAGAGUGAAAACUCAAACUUAGAAAUUGUGUCACGCGCGGAGCAUACUUGAGCAGCAAGUUUCGUUGCCUACAGUUAAAUGUAACCGUUCCAUUACAGGGAUAGAAUUUUUGUAUAGGAUGUUGAAAUAAAACUGAUGUUACUCAACUGCAAGGGCUAACUAAAAUAAUACAGGCUCAAUGAGCAAAUUGGUUGUAAAUGUUAAAUGUAAUUCCAUUAGAAACAUGCACCAAAUCGACAUUGCUAUAAACUUGUUGCUGUCCUCUAUAACUACACGCGUUACUAUGAAACAAUUAGAAACGAGUAGACAAUGACAUGUCUAAGGGAAGAAUCAAGAUGGCUCGGAACGGGUUUCGAAGGCUUGGAGGAUGCAAAUUUACGAAGGAACAAGGAUGGAUGAAUUAUGUAUAAAUUUUAUAAAAAAAAACGUAUGUUAUAACAACACUUCAUGAAAUUAUGAGGUAACUAUAAUUCCUAUUUUGGAAGGAUUAUGCGGGUCAAUUUAUUAUACCGAAAAAUCAAUAAAAUAGUAUAUAGAUGUAUUAUUAAAAUCAUUCUUAAAUUUUUAUUUCAGUUUUAAAGACAAGACUUGUUUUCUCGUUUCUAGGUGUAUUAGCAAAUCUCAAUGUACCAUAAAAAUGCGGGUACGCGAACGCAUACCACCUCAGUUCGCAUAGUAGACUUUUAAAUUAUAUUUUACUUUAUCAUUAAAAAAAAAGAAAAUGUUAAGCCAUUUAGUCAGUUUAUAAUUUAUUAGGCGACACAUUGUAAUUCUAGUAAUGGUUUGUUUUCGUCAUGGGGAAAUUCACAAUGUUCAUAUUUAACUUCAUUAUCAUUGACGAUAUCAAACAGUGUCAGAUCUACAUGUUAGACAACCAGUAUCAAUGUUAAACGGGUCUAUAUUGUUUUUCCUUCUCAUCCAACUUUUACACGAUGAACUUAAAGAAUGGUAUCGACCAUGUUUGGCGACUUUACCAAAAAUAUAUUUAUUGUGCUACAUGUACAAAUUAUAUGAUUUUAUAUUUUUCCUUUUGUUUCAACUAUGAAAUACUAAGUCAAAAUUCUUAGUUUCCUGUGAAUAUGCGCUCUAAACAUUCCUUGUGGUACUUUUUGAAACUUCUUAUUUUUACCUCGUAUUUCUUUGUUAUAAAUAGGAUAUCAAACUAGUGUUACCUGACAAAACUGUUUGUAAUCCGUAAAAAUGUGAUCAUAAAAGCUUCUUCGUGGAUAUUAGUCUGUUAAAUCCAUUUCAUGUUGUUAUGUUUAUAAUGAACUGUCUUAGAUGGUUUUUACACAUUUUUGUUUGUGAAGGAAAAUCAAUAAAGAAUGCCAUAAGUA